UCCUCUGGUCACUGUACCGGGCGGCGUCAAAAGCCUUAACGUGUGCUCGAAGGAACCUUACCAUUCUAGUCGCUUCCGCAGUGACGCUUCGUACUCCGCUCCGUUGAAGCAAUUGGGCUCGCGGCCCGCUUCUAGUUCUUCGACAACCUCUGGUCGUUCUCAGGGGGGAGAGAGACAGAGAUAGAGAUAGUGGCGGGGAUGGAGGAGAAAAGCGAGGGCCGGAGAAAACCGCAGCCGUGGCUGCGCUAUGAAAACCUCGGCGAUAUCGUGCUCUCUUGGUCCCUGGAUCAAAUACUCGACGAGGGGCUCUUUGAGAACCAGAUGGAAAAACUACCCUCUACAUUUAAUUCUGUUGGGCAUUAUCUGGAAUCUUUUGCUGUUCCAUUGAUGGAAGAAACUCGUUCAGAUUUGUGCUCGUCUUUGUCUGACAUAUCGAAUGCACCUUGUUCGAGAAUAACUUCAAAAGAGAAGGGAAACAAAAAAAGGCACUUGGAAACUACACUGGAGUAUUUCAUUGAUGUUGAAUUUUUCAAAAAUUAUGUAGAUGGUAGCAACAAAAGUUAUAAAGGACGAAAUGGAGAUCUGUUUAUUCUAUCAAAUAUAGAAUUGCAAGCUGUUGAGGACUUGUACAGGCAUAGUGUCACUUAUUGCUUUGCUUUGGUCACUGAAGUUGGUGUUGAUGAAGGGAUUACUAAAGGCUUUGCUACAAAUAUACCAAAGGGUUCUGAUUUUGAAGAUGGUAUCAGUAGCUUUUCGUUUGCAUGUUUUGUUACUAAUCUGUUAACUUAUAUUCGGAUAUGGAAGGUUCUUGUCCACACACCAGGCACGAAUAACAAUUUCCGCAUCAUCCAGGAUGUUUUGUCUCCAAAGCCAAUGAUGACUCUAAGAGAUAGUCCUUACAUAUCAGAAAAGGUUGACAAUUUAUUGACUAACUUAACAAACAAUUUUUCUCUGAACCAGUCACAGAUAAAUGCUGUAAGAACUGUAAUUCACGCUACAAGAGGUACAGAAUCAAAUUCUGUUGAACUUAUAUGGGGUCCUCCAGGAACUGGUAAAACAAAGACUGUUGCUGCCAUGUUAUGGCUGUUCUUGCAUAUGCAAUGCAGAACUCUUAUUUGUGCACCCACAAAUGUUGCGGUGGUUGGUGUUUGUUGCCGAUUUAUUCAAUUGGUUAAAGAUAUUCGUAUGCACAAUAGUCAGCAUGAGUUGCCCUUUUCCUUAUCCAAUAUAUUGCUAUUUGGCAAUCGUGACCGCAUGGAAAUGUAUGAUGAGCUUCAAGAUGUGUUUUUGGACUAUCGUGUUGAUCAACUUCUUGUUUGUCUUUCACCAUUAACUGGAUGGAGGCAUAGAAUUUCUUCAGCAAUCCAACUGUUUGAGGACUGUACUUCUACCUUUGAAAUGUUUGUCGAAAAUAGACAGGAGGAAUGUUGGCAAAUGGAGGAAUAUUUCAAUUUCUCAGAAUUUUUAAGAAAGCAAUUUGUCGCAGUCAUAGAUCCAGUUAAAGAUUGUAUAACAAAUCUGUGGAUUCAUACAAAUUGUAUAUCAUCUCAAAAUGCAUCAAAAAUAUUAGUUUUGCUUGGACUGCUCGAAAAAAUGAAUACUUUAAUUUUCAAUGUCGAUCUUGAUGAUGUAAAAUUGAGGGAGGUGUUUUCUCAGGAUAUUGCAAACCCCAUUGUUCUUCAUGACACUGUUUCAUCUGAGCAUGGGUUUUCUAUCAUCAAGGAAUUGUUGGAGGCAAGAGUAAAGGUAGUCAAAUUAUUGAAACAUCUUCAAAGGACACUUUCCUUGCCUGAUACAAUAGACAAGAACUUCAUUCGUAAUUUUUGCAUUCGGAAUGCUACCGUUAUUUUUUGUACUGUGUCAAGUUCUUCCAUGUUACAUUACCUUGACAUGGAUCCACUUCAAAUACUUGUCAUUGAUGAAGCUGCUCAACUUAAGGAGUGUGAAUCAAUCAUUCCACUGCGGCUUAAUGGGAUGAGGUGUGCCGUUUUGGUAGGAGAUGAAUAUCAGUUGCCAGCUAUGGUUAAAAGCCAGACUUGCAAAGAUGCAGGUUUUGGUGUGAGCCUCUUUGAAAGAUUGGCCUCUGUGGGACAGAGGAAGCAUCUUCUUAACAUGCAAUAUAGAAUGCAUCCUCAUAUAAGCCUUUUCCCUAAUUUUAGAUUUUACAGGAAACAAAUUCAAGAUGGGCCAAAUGUCCUCGAUGUUGAUUAUAAUAGGAAUUUUGAAGAUUUGCUAUAUGGUCCUUUUGCAUUUGUAAAUGUUGCUGAUGGCAGAGAAGAAAAGGAUGACAAGUCUAACAGCAGGAGAAACAUGGUUGAAGUUGCUGUCGUGUGUUUUUUGGUCCAGAUACUCUAUAAACAUUACAAAUCUUUCUCCCAAGUACUUAGCAUUGGUGUCAUUUCUCCUUAUGCUUACCAAGUAAAGGCAAUCAAGGAUAAACUUGGAUCUAGAUAUGAGUCAGAAGAUGGUUUUGAUGUUAGAGUGAACUCAGUCGAUGGAUUUCAAGGUGAAGAGAAUGAUGUCAUAAUAUUCUCAACUGUAAGGUCCAACUCUAAAGGUAAUAUUGGGUUUCUUCACGAUCUUCAAAGGACAAAUGUUGCAUUGACUAGGGCUAGGCACUGUCUUUGGAUUGUGGGAAAUGCAAAUACAUUAGCAUGUAGUGGCACAAUAUGGGAAGACAUAGUUAAUGAUGCAGUGGCACGGUGUUGCUUUUUUAGUGUGAAAGAUAAUGCCAAUUUGGCAAAAGUUAUAUUGCAUGUGAAGCAUGAGCUUGAUCAGCUUGAUGAUCUUCUGAGAUCAGAUUCUGUUUUUCUAAGCACUGCUAUAUGGAAGGUACUCUUUAGUGAAGACUUCAAAAUUUCUUUUUCAAAAUUGAGACAGAUCCAGUGUAAAAUGCAAGUGAUCAAGUUGUUGGAAAAUCUUGCUGAAGGUUGGAGGUCAAAAAUGAGAUUUGAAGAGUUUUCUGGUUCUUUUGAACUCAUCCGAAUAAAUAAGGUCAAUGAUUUCUUUGUUAUAUGGACUGUUGACAUUACAAAGGAUGAUAGAUAUAUUCAGGUUCUGAAGGUGUGGGACAUACUACCCCUGGAGAAGAUUGAAAGGCUUGUUUCACGCCUCGAUCAUAUUUUUUCAUUGUACACAGAGACGUAUGUGAAUUACUGCAAAAAGACAUGCACUCAAGGGAAACUUGAAGUGCCUAUGAGUUGGAAUGCUGCUCGAGACAUAGUUUGUUAUAAGGCACAUAGCAAAGGUGAAUCGACCAAGGAGGAGGUCUCUGGGGACAUGGAUUUGCUAAUGGGAAUGGAGAAUUCAAAAGUCAGCGAAAGCCUGGUCUUAAUGAAAUUUUAUUCUUUAUCAUUUGGAGUAGCACGACAUAUGCUGACAGCCAGCGACGGAACUGAACUUGAUAUCCCUUUUGAACUUACUGAUCAAGAAAAGGAGAUAAUCCGUUUUCCACUUAGUACAUUUAUUUUAGGUCGGUCUGGAACUGGGAAAACCACAAUUCUGACCAUGAAACUAAUUCAAAAGGAACAAGUGUUUUCUAUUUCUUUAGAUGGCCCAUCUGAUAAUGCUGGUUCAUCUAUGGCUGCAGAAACUAGUGUUCUAAGUAUAAGUGAAAGAAAUUUCUUGAAGCAGGUUUUCAUUACUGUAAGUCCUAAAUUAUGUUCAGCAAUCAGGAGCCAUGCUCGCCGAUUACAAAGCUUUGCUUCUGGUGUUGAAGUUCUCAGUGCUGCAAGCUCACACUCUAUGCACGAUAACAAUGAACUAUCUGAUUUUCAUGGUAUACCUGACACUGUGUGUAACUUACAACGUCAACAUUUCCCUUUGGUUAUUACAUUCCGUAAGUUUCUUUUGAUGCUUGAUGGAACUAUGAGUAGAUCCUUUUUCGAUAAAUACUACAGUCAGUGGGGAGUUAGUCCUGAUCAAAAUGGAGGUCCAAAAUCAUUCGCAUUGCAAGCGCUUAUGCAGAGUAAAGAAGUCAAUUAUGAGAAGUUUUUUGGAUCCUAUUGGCCACACUUCAAUGAACAGUUAACCAAAACGGUGGAUCCAUCGAUUGCUUUUACUCAGAUAAUUUCUCACAUUAAAGGUGGAUUGCAUUCAGGAAUGGUACACACCAGUAGACUUAGUAGAGAAGAAUACUUGCUUUUGUCUGAGAAGCGUUUUUCAACAUUAAGUCGACAAUCUAGAGAGAUCAUUUAUGAAAUAUUCAUUGACUAUGAAAAUCAAAAACUUCUGGCAAGUGAGUAUGAUUUGACUGAUUUUACCAAUUACCUGCAUCAUCAGCUCAGCUGUGAUGGUUAUGUAGGCGAUAAGAUUGACUUUGUGUACAUUGAUGAGGUUCAGGAUCUCACUAUGACACAGAUAGCGCUUCUGAAGUAUGUUUGCAGGAAUUUCAAGGAAGGGUAUACUUUUGCUGGAGACACUGCCCAAACUAUUGCUAGGGGAAUUGAUUUUCGAUUUGAAGAUAUUCGAUUUCUUUUUUAUACCGAGUUUCUUUCUGAGUUAAGAAGCAGACAACCUCAGAAGAAGGAGACUGAGACACACAUGUCAGAUAUGUUCCAUCUGAAUCAAAACUUUCGAACUCAUGCUGGUAUUUUGAGCUUAGCACAGAGCAUUAUGGUCAUCCUUUACUACUACUUUCCACAAAGUGUUGAUAAAUUGAAUCCAGAGUUUAGCUUGGUAUAUGGAGAAGCACCAGUGUUGCUAGAAUCCGAUAAUGAUGAAAAUGUAAUAUUGACUAUUUUUGGAAAUAGUGGCGGCUCUAUGCUCAGCAACUCUAAUGGAUUUGGAGCUGAACAGGUUAUAUUAGUUCGUGAUGGUGAAACCAAGGAACAAAUAUGUAACCUUGUUGGGAAGCAAGCUCUCGUUCUGACGAUAUUGGAAUGCAAAGGCCUUGAAUUUCAGGAUGUUUUGCUUUAUAACUUCUUUGGAACUUCUCCACUCAAAAAGAAGUGGAGAGUUAUAUAUGAGUAUAUGGAGAAACACAGCAUUCUUGAUCCUUCUAUUUCGAGGGCUUUUGCCUCCUUUGGAUUGGAAAAACACAAUCUUCUUUGUUCAGAAUUGAAGCAACUCUAUGUUGCUAUAACCCGUACGAAGCAGAGGCUUUGGAUUUGUGAGAAUGCAGAUGAGUAUUGUAAACCGAUGUUUGAUUACUGGAAGAAACUUGGCCUUGUGCAAGUGAGACACCUUGAUGCUUCUAUUGCGCAGGCUAUGAAGUCAUCAAGCAGUGCAGAGGAUUGGAGAACUCGCGGUAUUAAGCUAUUCAAUGAGGGUAACUUUGAGCUCGCUACUAUGUGCUUCGAGAAGGCCGGAGAUGAAUUCAAUGAAAAGUGGGCCAAAGCUGCAGGUCUCGUUGCAAAUGCUGAGCUUAUUAUUUCCACGAACUUCGAUAUGGCUGAGAUUGCUCUUAAAAAUGCUGCUGAGAUUUAUGAUUCUAUUAGCAAACCUGAAAGUGCUGCUGCCUGUUACAUCAAAUUGAAGGACUUCAAAUCUGCAGGUAAUAUUUACAUCGAGAAGUGUGGGAUGUCAAGGCUGAAAGAGGCAGGGGAUUGCUUUGCUAUGGCAAAGUGUUGGACCCUUGCUGCUGAUGCAUAUGCCGUAGGGAAGUUUUUCUCUGAUUGUCUUUCGGUUUGCUCCAGAGGAAAGAUCUACGAUACCGGUUUGCAGAAAUUACAGCAAUGGAAGGGAGGUUCUCUUUCCAACGAACAACUUCUCAAACUGAACAACUUGAUCUUUCCAUUUUUGGAAAAUUGUUUACAGCACUAUCUUGAUCUUGGAGAUAUUCAAAAAGUGUUGAUGUAUGUUAAGACUUUUCGGUUGAAUGACACACAUGAACAACUCCUAAGCUUAAUUAGGAAAUCCUUGUCUGAAAGUAGUCUUGACAAUCUGCUCCUAAUUGAGCAGGAACUGGGGAACUACUUAGAAGCUGCAGCAAUUGCCAAAUCUAUGGGAAAUAUUUUAGUCGAAGUAGAGAUGCUUGAGAAAGCUAAAUAUUUUGAGGAAGCAGCAAGGCUUCUUCUUUUUCAUGUACUCGUGCGGUCACUUUGGUCCCCGAACAGCAAUGGGUGGCCCCUUAAGGGGUUUGCAGAAAAGGAGGAGCUUCUGAUGAAGGCCAAAGAGUUAUCAAAACACAUGGCAGGAUCCUUUGAGGAAUUCGUCGACCUGGAAGCCAGUAUACUCUCAGAUGGUUCAAAAAGUCUGGUUGAUAUGUCGAAACACUUGGCUCAGGCCCAAAAACAUGAGAGUCUUAGGCAGGAAGUAUUCAUUGCUAGAACAGUUCUCGAUGCUCAUAUCAAUGCAAAUCCUCAUAAAUUUUCCAGCCAAGUGUCUUUCUCCAAUUGUGAGAAGCUUGCUUGUGAUAACAUGUCUCAGAAUCAUCUUACUCUUGAAACAAUGAUGUAUAUAUGGAAUUUAUGGAAAGGAAUGAUCGUAAAUCUUUUGUGCUACCUUCAGCAGCUGAAUGAAACUAGGGAAUACUGCUGCAGAUACAAGGAAUUUUACCUCGAGUAUUUUGGGGUCAGAAAUAUUGAUAACAACAGAUAUGCAGUCCAAAAUCCAGAAGCAAACUGGAUCAAAGGUAAACAUUUGUUACGAAAAGAGAACAACGGAAUCUUCAUAACCACUGAUGAAUGUGAAUCCUGUGCUUUAUUUUAUUGGCGUGCCGAACUCUUUACAGUCGGUAUGAAGGUGCUUGAUAGUUUGGAAUCCCUGCAUUCCUCAUAUAAUUUGAAGCAGGCAUAUUUGUUUGGCAGAGCUAAGGUGGCCAUUUCAAUGUACGAAAUUGCAAAGUUUCUCAUGACAUCUGACUUAACAAUGACUUCAAGAAGUACAUUGAAAACAGAAAGAUCUCUCUCUUUGUCCCAAAGAUAUUACUUAGAGACUGUCACUCCGCUGGACUGGAAAAAUGAUACAAUGGAAAAUGUGAAACUUCUUUGCGAGAAUGAGAUUGCUUUAGAGAUAAUUGAUGCCUCCUUUCUCGACAACCUAAAACCUUGUAAUGGUAAUCUCUCUCACGGUCAGAUUGGAAGACUGGUGGCAUUACUUCUAAUCACUGGAAAAUUACCUGAUGAACUAUUCAAAGAAAUCAGAGAAUGCUUGAGAAACAUGCAACACUGGAGUAAUUUUAUUGAACAAUAUAAGACCUUUCUGGAUCAAGGAUUUGGAAGGAUUCCUUUAUUAAGUAAGUUCAAAGUUGCAUUGGAAAACACAUUCCACAACCCGAAUUGGGAAAAGGAGAAAGAUUACAUGUCCCCACAUCAUUUCAUCUCUCUAAUGGAGAAACUAAUGUUCUUAGCCUCGUCGUGUCAGGGAUUCAAAGGGAAUGUUUUUACUACAAAACAUUCUCUUCUUGAAAUGCUGAAAUGUCAAGGUUGCAGCGGUUUUAUGACGUCUUGCUUGCCGGCAAUUUCUGCAGACUUGAGAAGUUCUGUCCAAUCGACACUGGAUUUCAUUUGGACAACUGCAAGACAUAUUCUAAAUGACAGGAAGCAGCUACUUUCUUGGAUAUCCAAUUCUAACAUGUCGAGGGAAAGCCACUCAAUACUUACAUUAAGACUAGUUAUCCUUCUGUUUAUUGGUUGUUUAAACGGUGGAAGGCCUAUUCACCAGAUGAGAUUUGUAUUUCAAAAUAAACUGUCUAGUUAUCUUCCCAGACCAUUUUCUGAAAGGCUAAUGACUGUGAAUAAUGGUCGCUAUAUUGAAGUAUUUACUGAAGCUUUAGUUUCAGUUGAGAAUCCUUUAGUCAUUAUUCUUUCCCAAGGAUGCAGAUCGCAGUUCUCCAAUCUAAAUGCUCGAACUAUCGAUUCUGAGGACAUUAAAUGCCAUCAAAAAGUUUGUAGUCUAUUGUUCCCAGAAAAGCAACCCAUUUCUCAUUCUUCUUCGAAUACUACAAAGCAGGAUAUUAAUUCUAUACCUUCAUCUAAUCCGGAGGAGUCAGAAAACCAAGAUGAGGUUAUUGAUAAUCAAUCUGAAAGAUUGCCAAUCAAAGAGAGCUCCUCAGAAAUUGAUUCUUCAAAUUCUAUUUGCCAGGAUAUUAAUUCCAUUGCUUCAGAAAAACCAGAUGAGUCAGUUCUUGGAUAUGAUAUUAUGGACAAGCAAUCAGUUGAAGGAGAGAAAGAUGUUUAUGUAGAACUCACCGAGGAAUGCAAGCAUUUCUGGCAGAAGACGAAGGAGUUUCUAUCUGGAGAACAUGGUGAUGUGGAGGACACUAUUAGUUUACUUGGCACUGUGUUGAGAUGGAUCCAACAGAAGGCUGAGACUGACGAAUUUGAUGAGCAUUUGAUUACAGAGAUGGUUGACAUGCACGAGAGAAUCAAAUUACUCGCCAGUGUGAUAUCUGAAGGAACUCAAGUAGGCCGUCCAGCAAAAGACGAUCUCCUUGCUAAGUGGAUUGGACUGAGGCCAAGCUUUGAACCUCUCCUUGAAACCCUCUUCCUCCAUAGCCAAAGCACAACUGAAGAAGCUCGGCCGAGUGAUAAUAAUAGUCUUUCUGAUGAAAAUAACUCAGAUUGUGAUCCAAACAUUCAUGUAGGUGCGGCGGAAGUGGAGGCGGAAGCGAAAUCCGAGUCUUCAUCGACUAACCAAACUAAGGCAAGCAAACACCAGAAAAAGAAGGCUCAGAGGAAGAAAGGCAUGGGGAAAGGCAAAACGAAGAGAUAGCUUGCUCUUCGUCUGGUGGUUUUGAAAUCUAGUUUACAGAUAUACUUUGAGCAACGAGAAUACCGACAUUUUCACCGAACUUCCAGUCUAUCUUUUCCUUAAAUGAAUGACUUCCAGUCUAUCUUUUCCUUAAAUGAAUGCCAUCUUUUGUGCUCGAUUCAGGCUUUUGAAUAUCGAUCGU